AUGGAGCCUUUAGCCACAGAUUCGAGACCAGCCACCUUCCAGAUCGAGUUUGAGAUCGUGGAGGAUUCCACAAAGCGGGGCCGAAAUAAGCUAGUGGACAGCCGUGGUUACACGUACAACGUUAAGAGACGUCGAGGUGGACACAUCGAUUGGCAAUGCACUGUUAGACCAAAGGGUAAUGUCUGUAGAGCCACGGUAGUUGAGAGGGCGUCUGGUGAACUUGUCCUGGGCCCCACGCCGCACAAUCACCCAGGGAAAGUGGGUGCAAGCUUAGCCGCCCGGAUAAUUGCAAAGACUAAAAAGGAAGCUGUCGCGAAUUUGUUUAAGCCGGCGUCUGAAGUUGUCAACGAGGUGUUAAUGGAGGAACUAACAGAGGAUCCGUGCCCCAGUUUGCCAAGGCCAAUAAACCUCGCCAAAGCAGCUAACCACCUUCGGCAGCGAUUGAGACCAACAGAUCCCGUAGACCUCGAGUUUGAAUCGCAGCCCGAGCACAUCCCUCAGAACUUUCUCCGUGGAGAUAUUAGGGUACGUGGGCGUCGUCACCUUCUGUUCGCCAGCCAGCAACAGCUAGAGGUGUUGUGCAGGGCCAAGGCCUGGUAUAUCGACGGUACUUUCAAACUUUGCCGAAACCCAUUCAGCCAGCCACUGAACAUCAACGCGUUCGUGCGAAGUGAUUCCUUUGCAAAGCAGGUCUCUCUCCUGUUUGCGAUAAUUUAUUUAGAACACAACUGGAUCGUCAACAACAUCUGGCCACCGUCCUGUUGGAGUGUAUGCCUAAGCGCCAUCCGGACCAACAACGACGUCGAAGGAUGGCACAACGGGCUCAACCGACGGGCGCAGGGAAAAAGUCAGCUUCCCCUGUACAUGCUCAUCCAGUUACUUCACGAAGAGAGCCGCCUU